AUGUCAUCAUCAGACGAGGAGGAAAAGCGACCUAAACAACCAGAGCUCUCGUUCAUCACGCCAAAUGGCGUAUCCUACUAUGCCUCGUCUAAAUGCAUGCGUGUGGAAGAAUACCAGGAGAUGCUUGAUCGAGGGUGGAGACGGUCCGGAUCACUUUACUACAAGCAAAAUCUGAAACGCUCGUGCUGUCCGCAUUACACGAUAAGGCUGGACCCUACUACUUUCAAGCCAAGAAAGGACCAGAGGUUGGCCAUGAAUCACUGGAAUAAUUUCGUGCUGGGACAGUCGUAUAUCCGCAGUGCGGCAAGACUCUGUCCAAAAACUCGAGAGGAGAAGAAAUUGCGAAAGUCGAAGUUUGAUCUACUCCAACGAGUCCAUGAAGUGGAAUACACCAAUGUCAAGAAACUCAGGGAUCCGAAGACGAAAAGGGCUAUAGAACCGGCCCAUAGGUUUGAAGUGAAUAUUGAGUCAGAUUCUUUCUCACAGGCAAAGUUUGUCCCUUCCUCCCUCUUUUUCCUUUCUCUAGUGGCCGUUCUAGACCUGCUUCCUCAUGCCGUGAGUUCGGUUUAUCUAUUCUAUGACCCAGAGUACAGCGACUAUGAAUUUGGGAAAAUUAGUGCUCUCCGAGAAAUUGCCUUAACUAGUGAGGGAAAUUACCAAUACUACUAUAUGGGUUUCUAUAUACACUCCUGUCCAAAAAUGCGAUACAAGGCGAAUUUCCAGCCUCAACCCGGAAAGCUUCACAUGGAGUCCAUUUGA